AGCGGCCGCGGCGCGCCGGCAGGGAACGAGGUGGCACCAUGGAACUGAAGAAGGACAGCAACGCCGUGUCCAUCGACAUGCUGCUGAUUGUGCACUCGGAGAAACGGCGCGCUGCGCAGGGCACGCACUCGGACCGGCAGGCGGACCCGGGCGCGCUGCCGCAGCGCAAAGGAGGACUCCAAGGCAUCAGAAACGAAAUACGGAAAUGGCAGAAAAUAGAAGAAAACGGCCUCUGUGGAAACCUGGCCGAGAAGCAGCAUCCUCAGCAGACCCAGGUCAUCACUUCCUACGACAACCAAGGGACACAGCUGACUGUGGAGGUCCACCCUCGAGACGCCAUGCCCCAGCUGCUCAAGAAGUUUUCCUUGGCUAAACGUGAUAAAAAUGGAAACACAAGACCCCGGCAGCCUGGAGGGAAAGAUGCCCAUGCCUACCCCUGGGAUCGGUCCAGCCUGAAGUCCAUGCCCCUGGACCUGCGGCAGUUUGAGAAACUGGACGCUUAUGCCUCACAGGUGACGGUCAAGAGUGGCCUGGACGAGCUGGUGAACGACCUGCUCCAGGAGGCCCACAGUGACCUGGAGAGGGUCCGUGCCAUCUGGAUCUGGAUCUGCCACCACAUAGAGUACGACGUCGAGGCUGCCCAGGAGAAGGACCGGCAGGCCUUCAAACCCAGCAACAUCCUGCAGACCCAGAAGACCAACUGUGAUGGCUAUGCCGGGCUCUUUGAGAAGAUGUGCAGAAUCGCUGGAGUGCAGUGCGUGACCGUGCCUGGCUACUCCAAGGGCUUUGGCUACCAGACGGGGCAGAGCUUCUCCGGGGAGUUCGACCACGCCUGGAAUGCCGUGUACCUGGAAGGGAGAUGGCACCUGCUGGACAGCACCUGGGGCAGUGGCCUGCUGGACACCACCACCUCCAAGUUCACCUUCCUCUACAACGAGUUCUACUUCCUGACGCAUCCCGCACUGUUCAUCGAGGACCACUUCCCCGACAACAAGAACUGGCAACUGCUUAAACCUCCUCAGUCCCUGAGGCAGUUUGAGAACAACAUGUACCACAAGAGUGAGUUCUACAACAAGGGGAUGCUGAGUGCCCACCCGGAGACUCCCGUGAUCAGAACAGUGAAUGGGAAGGCCACAAUCACCAUAGAGAGCUGUGCCCCAACACUGUUCAUGUUUAUGCUCAAUGGCAAGCAGGAGCACGGGCUGCUGAGCCUCCAGAAGAACGGGAUGAAGCUGGAGGUCUACCCUCCAACCAUGGGCACCCACAAGCUGCAGAUCUUUGCCAAAGGCAACUCCGACAUCUACAGCUCCGUGCUGGAGUACACACUCAAGUGUAACUACGUGGACUUGGGUAUCCAGCUGCCAGCUGAGCUGCACCAGCCCGUGGGCCCCAGUUGGUUCUCGGAGCAAAUGGGCAUCCUGAAGCCCUCCCACCCUGACCCCAUCAUCCACACCAGUGAUGGGCGCUGCUGUGUCAGCUUCGGCGUGGAGGAGGGCAUCAGCGUCCUGGCUUCCCUGCAUGGGGACGACGGCCCCAUCACCGAGGAGACACAGCGGCGCUAUAUCUUCCAGCUGCACCGGGAGAAGCGGAUAGAGCUGAAAGUCCAGCUGCCCCAUGCCGGCAAGUUUGCCCUCAAGAUCUUCGUCAAGAAGAGGCAGGAACCGGGCAACUACGUCUUUGUCUUCAAUUAUCUCCUGUGCUGUACCAACACCAAGGUGAACUGGCCCAUGUUCCCUGAGAGCUUUGGCAACUGGGGGCAGGACAAUGAGCUGCUGGAGCCUCUGUCGGGCGUACUGCCCGCCAAUCGGAACGUCUCGUUCAAGUUGAAGCUGCACGGAGUGGCCAAGGCUCUGGUGAAGGGGCAGGACACGUGGCCCCUGACCCUGAAUGGCGAGGGGUACUGGGAGGGCAGCUGCAGCACGGCCGGCUGCCAAGAAGUCUAUGUCAUGGUGCUGGAGAACGCCAACCACAACUUCUAUUCCUACAUCCUGAAAUACAAAGUGAACGACCAGUGAGGGCCCGAGCCCCGGGCCCCCCUCCAGGGAGGGCCCAGGGGAAGUGCAGAGAGCCCCGGACACCCCUGUAUCUGCAUGAAAUCCCUUCUAGGCCUCUGCCUCCACCUCCCUGCUCUGCCACAGGAGCUGUGACGUUUGUGUUCUGAUGGCUUCACCCCGUUGUGGCGAUGGCCGAUGGCCAAGGGGACAGAGGCAAAGGCCCUUUAGAAGAAAAAGGUGCUAUGUAAAUCCAAAGCAUUGUGAACUGUCCGCCGCUGCCCAGACGCCCCCUUCUCGUAUUCAUGCUGUCGUCGUUGUUAUAGGGUUGCUGUGGGACAGCUGGGGUGUGGCCCAGGCUGAGAGCUCUCCACGAGACGGUGAGAGAAUUUAUUCUCCUUCAGGCCCCAGAGGGACGUGAUUUGCAAGGAUGAGUCCUCUUCGAUCCCAGAGCCCUCCCAGGGGCAUGACAGUGUUUCUCACCCACUCCUGCACCCCAGGGAAGGACCACCUUCCACAUUCCUGCUGCCUCUUCAUCAGGUGCUUCUUGCUCUUCGGGAGCCCUGGGGGACAAGAAGGUGUGAAGAGGAAGCCAGCACCCCCAACCGGCUGGAGGCUGGCGGCCCCCACCUUCCCCGUGUGUGCGGAGAAGUUCCCAGGAGACUGCGAAGCAGGGAGAAGCCGUGCUCCGUCCUGGGUGUCCUGGGGGGGCACCACGGCAGUCUCGCAGCCUGAGUCUGCAGGAUGACACCCCCGGCUCUACUCUCAGAGGGGCGCCGGACAGCUGGCUCCAUUGGGAGCGACCCUCCGGGCCCUCUCCGAGCCUGCCCCCUCACAGGGAGCCUGCCAGCGCCUGGGGAGCCUUGUCGGUAACCCUAAGUAGAGACCUGGGCAGAGAGGCCAGGUGGGGGAGCAUUGCGACACUACGAUGCCAAGUAGACCCCCAGAUUAUAGGGCUCCACAGGCCCCCGGGAGUCCUGCCAGCAAAGCCACAGCAGGGGGACCUCAACUGGCCCUGGGAGCAGUCCCUCCCCAUCUCCCUUCCUCCCUUUCUCUGACAAGAGAAACCCUCGGGGUCCCACCUUCUGUGGGGACAGUUCAGAGCCUCUUGCUUGCUCAGGUCCGAGAGGCCGCCACUGCCCAGCUGGCCCUCAGCAGCACCUCUGGCAGGCAUCGCCAUGGCAACAGUGAAAGGCUGGCUCCAGUGAGGGCAGUGGAGAGGGAAGGAUGGAGGAUGCCCCCGUGGCUGACGCAUCACCAUCCUGGCACACAGAGCUUCUCGAGGUGGGCCCUGCUGACCUCCUGGCACCGCAGCUCUGUGGCCUCUGCCUAUCUCAGUGCCCCGCCGCCGCUGACAGCCAGCACUGCCCAUCACUCUCCCCCACUGCCACUCCAAUUGCCCCCAGGCUCAGCUGCAACCAGGGCCAGCCGGGGGCCUCACAGCCUCCUCUGCCUGCGCCCUCACCCUUGUGUAUUCAGCUGACGUCUGGGGCACUACUGUGCUGCAUGCUGGGGCUGCAGAGGAAACAAGGGGCCCUGCCCCUGCCAUCCCAGAGCCCAGGGCGGGUGGCAGCAGCCUCCUCACCCUGACCUGUCUGAAGUUCUAGGCUCCCAACUCUUCAGUCCAUCAUCCCCCUGGGCUCCCUCCCCAAAGUUCCCCACAGCCACCCAGCAUGGACCUGGCCCAGAGCAAUGUCACAGCAGUGCCCAUCCUCCACCAGGCUAGAGGCCCUGGGACAGGAGGGGGCACCCCCAUGGGGGCUGAGUUUCCCUGCCUUCUGGCAGGGUCAGCACCAUGUCACUCACCUGGAGAGCACUCAAAAGCCCAGGAGAAGGAACCACCGCGCACCACAACAGGUAAAAAAGGGAACUCUUUACACCCUGAAAGCAGCCUUUUCUCACACCUUUGAUUUUAUGGGCUGAAAGAAAUGUGCUGUUUCAUCAAAAUAAAUAAGUGCCUUCAAUGAGUCAUGUCACUCACUGGACCCAGAGCUGGCUGCCUCCUACUGAGAAGGACACGCAUCUUUUUUAAAACAAUAUAUUUAAUCAAUAUGUUCUGGAGCAUGCAGAUGAUGCCACCCAGCAAAACAGGAGCUGUCUGGAGAACGGAGACAGAGGCCCAGCCUCUCAAAGUGCCUGCAGGGCAUCUGAGUGCCCUUCCCUCAUCUUUUACUCAGGCAGCCCCUUUGUAAGACAACUGCAGACACCGUCGGAAAAUCACCUGCAUUUCUCCCCACUGAAGUAAAAAUACAUGAAAUGAAAUCCCAUAUUCAUGCAUUUUUACACGCAUGCUGCUCAGGGUAGGAUUUGGGGUUGCAUUUUGAAGUCUUUUAUUCAAAUCUGCGGCUUUGUUUCCUGGUCCAUGAGUCCCAGCAGCCGGUGGAAUGACACGGACGCCCCCUGGUGCCCGACGUGAGGAGCUGUCGUCGCUGCACAUCGCGAGACUGAACCUAUCGCCAGGGUUUUUCCGCAGAAUUUGUAAAAUGCUGCUGCGAUAUUUGUUAAAUUCACUUGGUGCUCUCUCGUGGCUUCUCAGUGUUUCCUUGUGUGUGCACCGAGCACAUUUUUGCCACGCACAAGCUGUGAAGUGAGCGUGGGGGACUGCCUAGCGAGAAGACACAGAAUAUAAUAGGAUGUGGGCAUGCUUGGCCCGGGAAUCCCGUCUUGAAACAGAAACACUGGACAUAAGACAGGAUGGGACAGCUUUGACCACACUCAUGACUAUACCAGUAAAGGACUGAAGCCGAUCAAACCCAGAGAUUUGGCCGGCCAGUCCCAGGAUGGCCAGCCCUCAGGCCACAGGUGGAAGGGUGCGGAGGGUCCCCAAGGGAGGGAGCAUGCUCCCGCAAGCAGGCUACAACCACAACUGCAAUUAACUUCUUUUCAGCAUGUUUCAAAAGCGGCACCAGCGCAGCUGGACUCCGUUUGCAGUCUGAUUGUGAUCAUUGUGAGCUCCCCAUGUGUUACAUUGUCCCACCAGGACAAACUCCGCACACACAGCCUGCUGAGAUUAAAGGGAAAUAAAUAGAUUAACUGAAGCUUGAAGGAUUUAGGCUAGACAUAAAGAACUGUUUCCUGUAGUUGAGCAGGAGGGACGCGUUGCUGAGAAAGUUUGUGAAAUCCUCUUCUCUAAAGGACUUGGAAAGUGGAAAAGUUUUCCCAGUGGUCUGGGGUUUGGAAGCCACACCCACUGCAAGGACUAGGUUUUCAACAGACCUGUUAACCUUGAAACACACGUACUUGAUCCCCUGCCGCAAACAGGGUGAGCGGUGUGGCGGAGUCCUUUGCUAUUGGCAAAGUGUUCCGCGGUGGCGAGCAUCUGUGUCCCCCACCAGUUUAUCUGAGGUCUAUCAUGUUUUCUCCUUUGGAACUACUAGUCGGACAUCUGUAAGAGGUGGUUACUUUUCAUAACGCGUGCAUCGGGGUGUGUGGGCCGGUAGCUGUGGAGUAUGCUUUUCCCACA